AUGUGUUUUUCUUCAUUAUCCGAUUUCCUGGAAGCUGCUGCAUCAGUUCAGGCAUUUGCGGAUUGCUUUUACAAAGCGGCUACCGAAUCUCUGGAAGAACGUCGUGAUCAUGGAAUUCUUUUGAAUCAGUAUCUGUUGAGUCAUGAUAUUGAUGAAUGGAGCACUGCAUUUUUGGAUCCUUCCUGGACACAUGAAGUCAUCAGGCUUACCGAAUUAAAGCUUUUGGCGGAUUUUUAUCAGCUUAUGGAUAAGACAUGUCAAGUACGUAGGCAGAUCGCUGAUCGGGUAUUGAAAGGUAUUGCAAUUCGGGCGCACUUCGCCGUUUCUCUUGAAAAUGCAAAGGCUUCGCUUGAAAAUUCCUGUGAUCCUGGCACACAUACUUUAACCUUGGAGACCGCCUCGGCUGGUGACGACUCGGAUGACAGUAGUCGAGUGAUGACCGCAAAGUUUAACAUAACAAAUGAACUCGCAGAAUUGGAAAACGAUCUUGCUUUUCUUCAGUUCGUCCAAAGCGAUGAAAUUACGAACGUGGAGCAGUUCGUGAUGGUUGAGUUUUCAAAUGCCUUUAUAGAAAUACAGCUAAAGCACUAUAACAAAAUGUUUUUGCAGACACUUGGCCGCUAUCAUCCUGCCGGACAAACUGCGUUUGUGGAUGAAGUGAACAAGGCCUCGGCGUUGCUUAGUGAAGGCGACCAUUUCCAGCAUUUCUUCACCGAUCGUGAUGGUACACUAAAAGCAUAUUCAUGCUCCUAUCCGGCAAGCAUUCAGCCAGCCUAUUCUGCUGUUAUACAGGCUCAGUUUGCUCGACGCUGUGCUCAGUUCUGCGCAAUUGUCACUACAUCGCCACUGAUGCAUAUUGGCAUCCUGAAUGUUAGCACAAUGCCGGAAGGUUAUUAUGCAUAUGGCGCAUCUGCUGGUCGCGAAUGGUACCUGAAUCCUUCAUUACAGUUCAAGGAUGACAGUGUGAAUGACGCUGACUUGGCGCUGCUGACAAGUGUCUUUGAAAGGCUUGAGGAACUGCUGGAACAGACGGAGUUUCGAAAUUUCACCUGGAUCGGUUCCGGGUUGCAGAGGCAUUAUGGUCACAUUACAAUUGCACGACAAGAUGUUAAUAACUCGGUUCCUAGGCAUCGUUCAGCACAACUAUAUCAGGCGGUGAGUAAAAUAGUAAGUCAAGUGGAUCCGACAGCUUCAACGUUGGCAUUACGAGAGGGUGAAUACGAUUUAAAAAUUUUCACUAAGGUGGCACUCUCGGAAGUCAAUGGAGGGCAGUCCAAGCCUACCGGACGUAUUUUUAACAAAGGGCAUGGAAUUCGUCUGAUAGAGCGAAAAAUGGGUCUGAAACUGAAUGCUGGUAAGAUUUUGGUUUGUGGUGAUUCGGAGACCGAUUUGCCGAUGCUCGAAGAAUGCUUGGCUCGUUCGCCGAUGAAUGUUUACACCAUUUGGGUGACAACAAAUCCUCAAUUGCAAGAAAAAGUGCGAGCAGUCUGUGAAGCACAUGGAAACGACCAUUACGUUUUUGUUUCCUGUCCUGAAGUGAGUUUUUUUGACGUCAAAUGGGAUUCGUUCGUUUGUCUAAUCUGCAAGACAUGCACGAGGAGCUGUGGUAUAGCAUUCCAUUGA